UAUGAGAAGCAUCAGAAGCUACCACCGUAGCGUCAUUUGGGCGUAAUUUAUAACAACGUAGCAUCAUGUAGGCGUAGUUUGUAGCAACGUAGCAUCAUGUGGGCGUAGUUUAUAGUAACGUAACAUUAUGUAGGCGUAGUUUGUAGCGACUGUCGCUCGGCUGCAGUCAGUUAUUAUUGUGCUCGAAGGGGCGCAGCUUUCCCGAAGAUGGCGUCGCUUCGCUGCCGGCGGGACCCGUGCGGUGUCGUCUGCCUGCUUUUGACGUAUUUUAGCGUCUUCUACGCGGAUUACGUGGUGGUCCAGUACGUUCUCAUCCCUGCGUACUCUGGCAGUGUUUGGUGCAGCUUGCACGCCUCCGCCUUCAACGUCAUUUUGCUGCUCCUGCUCACCUGCCACUUCAAAGCGGUCUUCUCGGACCCUGGUGUCGUGCCGCUUCCCGAAAUGGCGCUGGACUUCUCAGACCUCCGCUCGCAGACGUCGCGGAUGAGCGACAGAGGAUGCGAGGGAUGGACAGUGUGCAGCCGUUGCGAAACCUAUAGACCGCCUCGGGCGCAUCACUGUCGGGUGUGCCAGAGGUGUAUUCGCCGUAUGGACCAUCACUGCCCGUGGAUCAAUAACUGCGUCGGAGAGCUGAACCAGAAGUAUUUUAUCCAGUUCCUCUUCUACACGGGCGUGGCCAGCGUGUACGCCGUGCUCCUGGUGGUGUCGGCGUGGGUGUGGCGCAUCCGGAACGAGAGGGAGGGUGACGGCGAGGCGGAGGACACGCCCACCAAGCACCUGAUCGUAGUGCACUACAUUAUCCUGCUGGUGGAGUCUGUGCUCUUCGGUGUGUUCGUCCUGGUCAUUUUUUACGAUCAGUUGGCGUCCAUCAUUGCCGACGAAACGCCCAUCGAGCAGAUGAGGAACAGGUUGAUGAUGAAAGCACGAGAUCCGUCGUCUUCGCUGCCGUCGCACCAUUCCACGCGCAAACCCAAGCUGGCGCUGCUGCGGGAGGUUUUUGGACGAGGUUCCGUGUUCUGCUGGCUCCUCCCGUUGUACGCCGGAGGCCCGACGGUAGGUGGCGUGGCCUACUCGGCCCUGCCGGACUACGACGUCUGAGUCGAUCCGGGAUCCUUUGCAACCUUAAGCUGUCGGAAUGACGCCGUCUCGCACUGAAAAACGCCCACUGAGAUUCCUUUUUGGUGUGUGUUCAUAUAUUUAUUUGUAAAGUCUUUGUUUUUUCAUUGAAGUGUUACAGACUUGUGUGUCAAAUGCACUGAGAGCAUCUAUAAUGUUCAUUUUCUUAAGCACUUGUCCAUAUUCAGACGCUGGAAAAAAGCAACCUCUCCACACAUGAGCUAACCGACGUAAGAGGCAUUUUUAUAUUGAUUUUGACGUCCACUUUUGAUAGAGGUGAGGACCUUUUCUACAUUUUUUCAAGUGAUAUAUAUCACUUUUCUGACGACGCCUUUUUUGUAAAGUGUCUCAUUUUCUCAACUUGUCAUGCGGUUUUAUGAAGUGUUUGACUGUUUUAUUUAUUCCUGGCUGCAAUUUGGAAAUAUAAACAGUUCAAAAAUGACAAUAUAUAUGAUUUGGUUGUUCAGUUAGUGUGAGUGACUAAAGCUAGGUUCAUACUGCAGGUCUUGAUGCAUAAAUCUGAUAUUUUCGUGUUUUUCUGACUCGAGUCGGGCAUUAACUUGACUGUCUUAACGGGACAGGUCGUAUAAAAGUGGAUCAUUUCAAAUCCGAUGUAGGUCACUUUCAAAAUCGGAUCUGGGCUACAUUUUCCCAGAAUGUGGCUGCGGUCUGAACUGUCAAGUCUCCCGAAUCAGAAUUCAUGCAGCAAUUAUGUCAGCUCAGAGCAAGAGGAACGGCAGCGAUUGAGCUGUACAUUAGCAUUAGCGGCUAGCUUGAACUAUGCAUUUUUUUUUUUUUUUAAUGGUUUUCUUUCGAGUAAUUCGAUGAGAAUCAUCAUCAAAUCCUCAUUCCACAUGGCUGAAUCCAGCUGUUAAGACCAACAUAAGCAGUUUUUUGUGGGAAUACGUAUUUGAAUCAUUUGUUAAGAGCGUUGUUUAAAAAAAAAAAAAAAAAAAAAAGUUUGAGCUAGCGGACUUUUGCUAUUUAUGUUAGCCAAUUGUUCUUUUUUUUUUGUACUGAGAUCCUCAUUUAUUAAUUUUUUAUACCAUUUGAGGCUAAGCUUAGGUAUUUUAAUUUUUUAUGUUCCUUAUCUGAUUACCCGAUUAUUCGAACGAAGAAGUUCAUUGGUUAAUUGACUACAAAAAAAAAAUCGAUAGCUGCAGCCCUAAACUCCGUAAUUCGAUAAGAUAAUUAGCUUUGAAUUAAAUACACUGCCCUCUAGUGUCAACAGUGAAUGUGACAUUACUCAUUUCACAUGGCUGAAUCCAGCUGCUCCCUGUUAAGACCAACAUAAGCCAAGUUUUUUUGUUUGAGCUAAAUUUUUUGUAAUGCAUAUGUAAUUUGGCUUAUAGGUAUAUUUAGCCGUUUUUUUGUAAGGAAUAUGUGUUUGAACCAUUUGUUAAAAGCAUUGUUUAAAAAAAAAAUUUGAUCACUUUAAAGUAUUUAAGCUAGCAGACGUUUGCUAUUUAAGUAAGCCAAUAAUUCUCAUGUUGUACUGAGAUCCUUUAGUUAGUUUUCCGUUUUUUUCUGUUCCUUAUCCGAUUACUCGAUUAUUCGUACUGUAACUAGUUCAUCGGUUAAUCGACUACUAAAAUAAUCAAUAGCUGCAGCCCUAAACUCGAGUAAUUCGAUACAAAAAAGCUUCAAAUUAAAUUUUGCCGCUUUGAGUAAUUCCAAUUAUUAAAGUGGCGUUAAAAUGGUUAGUUUUGAAAAUGUUUGUAUUUAGUUUUAUUCUUCUGGGUGGAUACACUGCCCUCUAGUGGCAACAGUGAAAAUGACAUUACUUAUUUCACAUGGCUGAAUCCAGCUGCUCCCUGUUAAGACCAACAUAAGAUAAGUUUUUGUUGGAGCUGCAGUUUAACGCAUCUGUAAUUUAGUUUAUAGGUAUAUUUAGCGUUUUUUUUUUUUUUUUGUGGGAAUAUGUAUGAACCAUUUGUUAAGAGCAUUGUUUAAAAAAAAAAAAACGUUAGCAUUUUACAGCAUUUAAGCUAGCAUGCGUAAUGCUUAGACAUGCUCAGUGGACUAAGGUAGUCUGAACGGGCACGCCAAAAAAUGACAAAAAAAUCGGAAUUGUGCAUUAAAACCUGUGCUAUGAACCUAGCCUAAUACAAGUCACAUCAACAAAUAGAAUUCACCUUUGAGGAUUAACUCAGACGGCAAAGAGGAAGAUCUGGAUGAGCGGCAUGACUUUGAGGGUUGAAAGAUCGGCGAGGACAGCCUGCAGGUGACAAAAUGUACAUAUUGAUUGUUCAUUCUCCAUUUUUAAAAACAGCUAGUGUGGCCAAAAUUAGCAUUGUCAAUGAAUUCUGAAUCACACUAAUUUGUUCCACCUAAAUAAUGUGUAACGGAAUACACCUCAGCUGAAGCAAGAGACGUUACUUCCAUCAGGUUCUCGGUCCGAAAGGCGAAAAUGGCAGCUGCCAGGACUGGAAGGGGCCACAGGUUGAGGGUUAGUUUCACUAAAGAAAAAAACUGAAAAAAAGCAGACGCGCUACCUGCUACAGGCUCCAACGAGUCAUAGCCCAGGAUUCGAUCCCAAAGAAAAAGCAGCUGGUCGGUACAAAGAUAACCUGAAAAUGCUCGGACCAUCCACUUAAAGGCUAUCCGCAACCUGAAACGAGAGAAUAAAAAAAUGCUAAAAGUAUAUUUAUGAAAAACAGCCACAAGGUGGCAGCAUUUCAUAAGAGAACAGCACUGUUUCAGCAAGCCAAGGUGGUGAUAUUAGUCACAUAAACAAUAAUUCUGUCCUAUUUUUUAUUGAGUUAAUUGCCAUUCAUGCAUGAAUAAUGUUAUACUAUGUAAUCAGACGUCUGUUGCCGACUUUAGCAAUCAAAGAAUCAAAAUCAGUGACCAAACCAUGGUCACAAU